AUGAAUCAGCACCAAGCGGCAAUCACCCUUGCUCAAGCUUUUCAUUUUUCUAAUUCUCGAAUGACUACAGUCCGUGACAUUAACGCACAUCAGUUUGUCAAGGCGUAUGCUGCCCACCUCAAGCGCACCGGUGCACUUGAGGUUCCAUCCUGGGUCAAUAUUGUGAAAACUGGAACGUCAAAGGAGCUUCCGCCUCAAGAUCCAGACUGGUUCUACACUCGCGCUGCCUCCAUCGCUCGCCAUAUCUAUCUGCGCGGUGGCGUAGGUGUAGGCGCAUUGCGUACGGUUCAUGGUUCGCGCGCUAACCGUGGAAACCGUCCCUCUCACCAUGCAAUUGGCUCCGGCUCUGUUGACCGCAAGGCUCUGCAGUCUCUCGAGAAACUAAAGGUCUUGGAAAAAGACCCAUCUGGUGGCCGCCGCAUCACUUCAAACGGUCAGCGCGAGCUUGAUCUUGUCGCCAAGCUUUGUGUAAGUUCAUCUGCUCUCUAA